UAGUUUUGCGAGCUUUACGUUUUAGUAUCGGGAGGAUUGUCAUCCUCAGGCCAUUAUUCCGCUGGCACCUGUGCUGUCGCGAAGGAGCAUCGACCGUGACUAAAUGGCACUUCCUAUUGCGGAAGGUGACUUGGACUGUAACAACCCGCCUUUUUUCCGCUCCCCCCUACCACUUCAGCCGUUGCAUUCUCACCACCACUCGCAUGCUGUUUGCGUGACCGACGCUUCGAUUAUACGGCCGCUGAAAGAAGAAGGCAGCCAUACAAGACGAGGUAAUUGCCAAUGUAUCAGCCGAUCCCUCUCGCUACCACACCCUCGUAACGAGCAACAGCUACCCCAAAAGAUAACGACUGCAUGGCAGCACCAUAAGCACAAGAUAGAGGCAGAGAUGCAUCAGCGUGGCAUUCGCUUUUUGAUAACAACAGCACCCGCAUCUGACAUCCGUUACAUACCUAGACCAUCUGUGCCAAGCAGCCCUGAUCAUGAGGUCCCUGUCUCAUACUUUUCAGGUUCCGCAGUACUCGUUCCACCCAACCACUAGGUAUGCUCCGUGGCUCCUGCUCUCAUCGGUGAACGGUGAGCAGGUGAAGCUAUUGGACUGAACCAUACAGAAAUACCGAGAAAUACCUCGCUGUUGGAGAAAUGAAUCCUGGAUGCGACGGCGCACACCGAAAAGCAAACAUACCCGGCGUCGAGCCUCCACGGGACACCAUGGCCGUAGUAUCUCGCUCGAACUGACUGGUUAUCGUCGUGGGAAGGGAGCAGAUGGCGCAAUCCGAGAGAUAACUGCGAAUGCACAAAUAAGCUUCCAAGCCGCAUUGGCAGAACCGUCAUCCUAACGUUCGAGUCUUUUGAUGCUCCAAUCAACAAUGAGAGGCAAAAGUUCUCGAAGCUCGUGUCGAAACGUUCGUCCCAUGAGAGAGGACAGACAUCUCAUGGCAAACCGUUGUCCCGUCCGCCCAAGGACUUCAGACACUGGAGUACUUGGCUGUAUACUGCUACCCCAUCGACGAUAUUUCCAUCAGCCCAUAUAACUGUAUGGGGACCCCUCUCGCCAUCGCUAUUCCCGGACCCAAUAGCAGGCCCCCGUGAUGAUGCUCCGGCGCUUGUGAUGGUGAGGAUGAGCUCUAAAUCCUCCAGUAUUCUAACUUGUCGAAUAACGGUGUCUGGUCCGGCCCGCGGGCUCUCCGUGGGGCAAUCAGGUCGUCGUCGGCCGGUUCCCCUCCAGGGUUGCCACACCUCGGUGCUCAUGUCGUUGAUUUUUCGCUGACAGGCACCGGGUGGGUCCCCACACGAUCCGGCGCGGGCAUUGGUGCCAAGAGGCUGGGCAUAGACGAUCUAGGAAGUUCCUCUCACACCAAAAGCCCGACCCCUGGUCAACAUCCCCCAGUCCCCCAAGACGGUCCAAGGCGCCUGCGGGAGCUUGUGCCGACUUGUCUUUGCGCCGUGUCGCUCAGCGGCGCGCAGCCAAGCGGCAGAGGCGCGCGGGAGAAAGCUUCGUCCAAACAUGAACGGCAUGGCGUUUCUCGGCAUGUCGGCACUUGUGCUGCGACGUCGACAAAGCAAAACAAAUAAGUACAUACCAGACUGGCACAAUGUGUACCUAAUGCGUGGGGAGAAACCAGAGCUCGACGGAAACAGCAUCUAGAUUCGAUCAAUUGGGGCAAUUACCCUCGUGUACAUGCCACCCCUCUAUAUCAGGCCAGGGAUCGCCAGUAGCAUGUUGCCGUUUCGUCGAAAGAGGGGGGCGGGUUGUGGUCGACUGGAGGGGAAAACGGCAGGCAACCCGUUGUUCAUCUAUCUCUUGGCGCUCUUGGUCAAUCUUGGAAGGUGGCAAGCCAUCCCAAGACAGAGCACUUUCCAGAGGUGGGCAUUCCUUCCCUGUCCAUGGUCCGUUGUUCCUUCCGUUGGUACCUCCGGGAGCGGGAAUACUAUACGAUGCAGAGAAAGAGCCGAGACUCGACCAUCACUCGAGCCCUCGGGUCGCUCUUGCCCCAGAUUGUACCCAUGGAAGGUAGGGCAGCAGGGAGGGCAGGUGCAGUUGUACCCCAUGCGGUGCUCGCUCGCCACACUAGUGGUUGCUUAAGGUGAAAAAUAUAUCUCGCGGGGUCGUAUAUAAUACCUGCCGUCCUGCUGCUUCGCUUCUCAGACACGGCAGGCUCAAGUGUCUCUCUCUCCAUCCACCUGGCACCCGGCGACCUUACGGCCGCUCUCCAAAGACGAGACAAGGCAACACCUGAGUGUUCCAUUCAGAGAGAACUUCCCACACAGCCCACCAUGGCGUCCGACCCCACGAGCAUCGCCGUGAGCGACGAUGUCAAGGCCAUCGUGAAGGACAAGGAGGCGGCCGGCUUGGCCCCCGUCCUCAGCAGCACAGUCGAGGACGACGACCUCGGUGUUAGCGCCGAUGGCAGAUCUCCCACCGACGAGGAGCUUCACACCCUCCGCCGCAUCCCCGACAAGAUUCCCUGGAGCAUUUACACCAUCGCCUUCGUCGAGUUGUGCGAGCGUUUCUCCUACUACGGUACCACUGCCGUCUUCACCAACUUCAUUCAGCAGAAGCUGCCAGACAACUCCACCACAGGUGCUAGCUACGACAUCGAGAAUGGCCAAGCCGGUGCCCUCGGCUUGGGUCAGAGAACCUCGUUCUCGUUGACGACCUUCAAUGCUUUCUGGCAGUACACCAUGCCUCUGUUCGGUGCCUACGUUGCCGACAGCUGGCUCGGUCGUUACAGAACCAUCGGUGCCGCCCUCGGUAUCGAUAUCAUCGGUCACAUCCUUCUCAUCAUCUCCGGUCUUCCCCCUGUCAUCAAGAACCCCAAUGGUGCGCUCGCUGCCUUCACUCUCGGCAUUAUCACUAUGGGUGUCGGUACCGGUGGUUUCAAGCCCAACGUCAACCCCUUGAUUGUUGAGCAGCUUGAUCUCGAGAGAAUGGUGAUUCGCACCCUGCCGACUGGUGAGCGCGUCAUCGUUGACCCUGCGGCCACCGCUUCCCGUGUCUACCACUACUUCUACCUCUUCAUCAACCUCGGUGCUCUCGCUGGUCAGCUCAGCAUGGUCUACUGCGAGCACUAUGUCGGCUUCUGGCUCUCUUACACUCUCCCCACCAUCAUGUUGUGCUUCUGCCCCCUGGUUAUGCUCUGGGGUCGCAGACGCUACAAGCGUGUCCCACCCGCUGGCUCAGUUCUCGGCCGCGCCUUCAAGAUCUUCGCCCUCGCCAACAAGGGCCGCUGGUCCCUCAACCCCGUCAAGACCUACAAGAACCUCCACGACGGUACCUUCUGGGAGAACGUCAAGCCCUCCAAGAUUCAGAACAAGCCCAAGUGGAUGGACUUCAACGACGCCUGGGUUGAUGAGGUUCGCCGUGGCUUCAAUGCCUGCGCUGUGUUCAUGUGGUACCCACUCUUCUGGCUCUGCUACAAUCAGAUUAACAAUAACUUGAUUUCGCAAGCUGCCACCAUGAAGCUCGGCGGUGUCCCCAACGACGUCUUGACCAACUUGAACCCCUUCGCUCUGAUCAUCAUGAUCCCCCUCAUGGAUACCCUUGUGUUCCCCGCCCUUCGCAAGCUCCGCAUCAAUUUCACCCCCAUCAAGCGUAUCGCUGCCGGUUACUUCGUUGCUGCCAGCGCCAUGAUCUGGGCCUGCGUUCUUCAGUACUAUCUCUACCAGAAGAGCGAGUGCGGCAACCAUGCCAGCGGCAAUAUGCUUGGUCCUGACGGCGCCGAGUUGCUUGGCUCUGACGGCAAGGCAAUCAAGUGCCCCAAUGUCGAGAUCAGCGUCUGGGCCCAGACCGGCUCUUACGUUCUCAUCGCCUUCUCCGAGAUUCUGGCCUCCAUUACCAGCUUGGAGUAUGCCCAUUCCAAGGCUCCCGCAAACAUGCGCUCCAUGGUUCAGUCUGUCUGUCUGUUCAUGAACGCCAUCUCGUCUGCCAUCGGCUUCGCGCUGGUGCCCCUUGCUGGCGACCCGCUUCUCGUCUGGAACUAUGGAGUCGUUGCCAUUGCCGCCGCCAUCGGUGGUCUCUGCUUCUGGCUCCAAUUCCGUGGCCUCGAUGCCCAAGAAGAUGAGCUCAACAUGCUUCCUAAGGGAGAUGUUGGCGGCAAUUCUUCCGAGCCCCAGGCUUAUGAGAAGAAGGACUCUGUUGCUUAAAUAAAGACAAGUCUUAAUGUUCUUGUUCUUUACUUUUUGGCCUGCGUUCUACUACGGGGCCGCAGUACAUGUCCGUUAGUAUGGGUAUAUAUACUCGUUAAUGAUUUUAUUGAUUGUGAUGGGAUACCACCUUGUGUGUAUGAUUUCGAUGGGGAAGCAUUUGAUGAUAUACCCCCCCAUUGGAGGUAGGAAGGAUAUCUCUGGGUAAUGUUAUGAGUAAGGGAAGGAAAGGGAGUGUGGGUGUCAGGGGUGGAUAUGGGACAGGGACAGGAUUUUCCUUUUUCAAGAGUCUUUGAUACCAAACAACACAGCUGUGAUAAGCCUAGCUACUGGGAAAUAUACCGGAUCACAAUAUUUGUUACUGCGCUUUGAUUGUAGAAUGUAUAGUGUGGUGAUGUCGAAUAAUAGGUAAGCAAGUGAUACUCCAAUAAAGAAAAUGCUUUUGAGUG